GGAUGUGGCGUCCGGCUCCUGCGCAGAGGCGCGCCUCGGCUGCCUGAGAAGUUGCGAGCGGGCGGGAUUCCCGGGCCCUGCUCCUAGCCAUGGGCCGCCGCAGGGCAGCCUGUGGGCCGGGGGCCGAAGGUGGCCGCACUCGGCGCCCCGCGGGCCGCUCUCUGGAGGCUUUCGCGGAGGAGGUGGGCGCCGCGCUACGCGCGUCCGUGGAGUCAGAGGCGGCCGAGGACGAGGGCGCCCCGGGCCCUGCGCACCUGCCCUGCGCUCUGGCCAUGUGGGAGCUGGGCCACUGCGACCCCCGGCGCUGCACCGGCCGCAAGCUGGCGCGCCUGGGACUGGUGCGCUGCCUACGUCUGGGCCACAGGUUCGGCGGCCUCGUGCUCAGCCCCGUGGGCUCCCAGUACGUGUCCCCCGCAGACAGACAGUUGGUGGCACAGUCCGGGGUCGCUGUCAUCGACUGCUCCUGGGCCAGACUGGAUGAGACUCCGUUUGGGAAGAUGAGAGGGAGUCACUUGCGGAUCCUGCCCCACCUGGUGGCUGCCAACCCUGUGAACUAUGGCCGGCCUUGCAGGCUCUCCUGCGUGGAGGCCUUUGCUGCCACCUUCUGCAUCCUGGGUUUUUCAGACCUUGCUGUCAUUUUGCUACGGAAGUUCAAGUGGGGCAAGGGCUUCCUAGACCUGAACCGCCAGCUCCUGGACAAGUAUGCAGCCUGCAGUGGCCCAGAGGAGGUGCUGCAGGCAGAGCAGGAGUUCCUGGCCCACACCAAGGAGCACCCCGAGGAAGAGGAGGAAAUCGAUCCCUUUGAUGUGGAUUCAGGGCGAGAGUUUGCAAACCCCAACAGGCCUGUGUCUGGCCCCCGGCUGCCCAGAGACAGGGCUGACAGUGACACCGAGGAGGAGUCUGAGGAACUUGGGCCUGACUCCAAGGACGGGGGAGGCAGCAGCAGCAGCCCUGAAGAGACAGAGACCAGGGUCCCCACAGAGAUUUGGAAAGGAAUCAAGAAACGGCAGAGAGACUGAAAGCUGCAGACAUGUAUAUUUUCCGAGGCAGAGUGACGAGGACAUCUAGAGAUGGCAGUGGAACUUGCGGGAACACACACACAGGCCUGGUGGCCUCAGCCCCUGCAGCUGCCAGCAGGACUGGACUCUGUCUGGGUUUUCUCCCUGUGCUUCUAACCCGGCCUUGCUCUGGGUCCUGCCUCAGAGCCCUCCCAAUGAAGCUGCAAGCCAA